GGAGCGCCCAUUCAUCUCUGCACUUGGGCGUUGGACUCCGCAUCUUAUUAGCAACAAGGGAAAUUUCUCCAUUUUGCAGCCCGUCUACGGUGACACGGCCACCAAUCUGGGAUUUUAUUACUUCUCUCGUCACCUGGCUGCUUCUCCCUCGCCUCUUCCAAGCAUCCUCCGUGCGGCUGGACCUGGUGCUUUGUGUUUUCUCUGUGAACUUUUCCUUUGUGAGUGAGGGAAGGGGGACACAACCGGUGAAGAAGAAGAAGAAGAAGAAGAAGCUUUUGCGUCUCAACAAAGAGGCUUGUGGGGUCUUUGUUCGUUUUUUUUUUUAGGGGGGAUUGGUUGAGUUUCUUUGUUGGAACGAGAAGCAUGGGAGCGCAGUUUUCCAAGACAGCUGGAAAGGGCGACACCGCGGUGGAGAAGCCCGGGGAGGCUGCGGCUUCACCCACCAAGACCAACGGACAGGAAAAUGGUCACGUUAAAGUAAACGGUGAUGCUUCUCCUGCUGCUGCUGAGGCCGGUAAAGAGGAGGUCCAGGCCAACGGCAGCGCCACGGCCGAGGAGACCCCCAAGGAGGAGGGAGAAAAGGCUGAGGCCGCCCCCGCUGAAAAGGAGGCUGCCGAUGGGGAGAAAGUAGAGGCCGCAUCGCCCGCCGCUGCCGAAGGGGAGGCAGCCAAGGCGGAAGACGGUGCCACACCUUCCACUAGCAACGAGACCCCCAAGAAGAAGAAAAAGAGGUUCUCCUUCAAGAAGUCCUUCAAGCUCAGCGGUUUCUCCUUCAAGAAGACCAAAAAGGAGACGGGGGAGGGCGCCGAGGCCGAGGAGGCACCUGCUGCAGCCACAGAGGAGGCCAAGGCCGAAGCUACAGAGGAGGCCAAGGCUGAAGGGGAGGAGCCCAAAGUGGCGGAGGGGGAGGCCGCACCUGCCGCCGAGCAGCCCAAAGAGGAGGUAAAGGAGGCCGAGGCGGCGGAGAAACCCGCUGAGGAGCCCAAAGAGGCCGCACCCAAAGCCGACGAACCCAAGGCGGAGGAGAAGGCCGCCGAACCCGCCGCCGAGGAGGCACCCAAAACAGAGGAGGCCGCCCCGGCUUCACAGGAAGCAGCAUCAGCAGAGGCUCCGGCCGAGGCCGCCGCCGAAUAAGAGCAGGAAGACGAAGAAACAGAGAAAAAAGAUAAUCAAAGAACAUUCCCCUGCUUGUAUGUUGGAGUGAUGCCAUUUCAUGGCUUUGAAGAACUCGUCUACAAACAGGGAUAUUUUAAAGCUUUUUUUUUUUUUUUGGUUUCCAUUCCCCCUCACACAAAACCCAUCUCUUGAUACUUCCAUUUGGGCUAAGGGAGGUGGGUGGCUUAAAUAUGUUAAACAGAUUAAUUACAUCCUCUGCCAUAUAUUUUUUCAUCAGUAUUAUUUUUUUUUCCUUUUUAAUUUUUAUACAAAAUGUAAACAAAAAGGUAUGGACAUGCCCGAGGUCUGAAGGAGACGGGGGUUCCGAGCUGUAAAUGAAGGGGGGAGGGGGCAGUUCAGGGAGGGCAUGGGGUGGAGGAGGAGGGCCUGGGAAAUGUGCCACAGACUAUUAUGAAAAGACUAGUCUAAAAAACUAAAUGAGACCAACAUCUAUAUGAGAGGACCAUACAGUUUACAACACUAAGACAUUUUUACAAAUAAAAAAUCCAGUUCCCAGACUUAGCUUUUUAGGGAGUUCAUAUAAACUCAUAGGAGCUUUUCACUUCUCAUUAGCUGUACCAGUCAGUGAUUCAGUAGAAAUACAAGUUGUAUAGGCUUUAUUGUUUAUUGUUGGUUUUAUGACCUUAAUAAAAUGUAAGUAUGUAUAGGCGGGGUGUUUUUAACUGUGAUUAUUGUACAAAACAAAAUCUUGAUCUCAAGAAGCACAUGAAGUUUGCAGCUCUUUUUUCCACCCGCUCAUUUUUGUAAGAUAACAACAUACACACAUGCAAAAAAAAAAAAGAAAACUAGUCAUCCCGGAAAGACCUUUGAAGCAAUUUUGGACUCAAAACCAAGCUGUGAUAAGUGGAAUGGUUAACUGUUUAUAUACUGUGGUAUGUUUUUGAUUACAGCAGCCGAUGCUUUUUAUUUCCAGUGGUCUUUGACUAAAUUUAAGGAAUCUAUCAGAUGCAAAUGUUUGUGUAGCAUCUUGUCUCUCUUCAUUUUUUUUUUUCCUUUUGUAAAUACUGGAGAAGCUUUGACCAAUUUGACUUAGAGAUGGAAUGUAACUUUGCUUACAAAAAUUGCUAUUAAAACUCCUCUGCUUAAGGUGUUCUAAUUUUCUGUGAGCACACUAAAAGCAAAAAUAAAUGUGAAUAAAAUUUGA